AUGUUUCCACGCGGCUUGCUCCCAUUGUUUCUUUUACUAAGUCUGGGUGCCGUCCAGACUGCAGCUGUCUCAAUCAGUAGCCUGUUCAAUGUUUUGUCAGGCGGUGGAGCGUGCAACGACGACUACGUUACCUUGAUGGACAGCUAUCUUAGCGAUGUGCAGGAAUUGUCAACAGCAUUUGCCGAUGCCAUUACACAGGCCAUUACUCUGUCUGAUUCGGAAGAGGGUUGGGUUGCGCGAGGACUUUUUUGGAGUUGGUUUGGCAUCCAAAUCGAUGAGAAUGGAGUCGUAACAUCGGAAACAGAGGCUCAGUGGGAGGUAGUCAAAGACAUCAGCACAAAGAUGACGAGCUUCUUGGGCGGAUCUGGGAUGGCCGCCCCUCAAACACCUCCUGAGAUUCUCUGCGAUGGCAACGGCUUCGCUAAGUAUUCAUGGGAAGCUUCCAUUCUCAAGUGGGAUUCCGAGACUAGUUCAUACUUCACAUACGAAAUUGACGAUGAGGAGCCUGAACUUUCGGAGAUUUACGAUUAUAAUCCCGAUCUUGUACCUUAUCUGCAGGAAGAGAACCAUAACUAUUACCUUGUCAAGGCCGGUACAUCCGAUAACAAUAUCUGCCAGAAAGACUCGGGCAAUCAAUUGUACGGCCAAGCGUUCUCUGGCCAGGGGGAGAGCACAAAGACUUAUUUGGCUAACCCAGUGCACAUGCCUGCCAUUUCACCUUUGCUUCUCAUGUGCCCGGCUACCUUGGCUGAGACGAGCUUAGCUGAUAUCAUCACCGCUAGUGAUGAUUAUGACCUGGGGGUCACUCAAAUUUCAUCUCUCACUAGCCGAGCGCGUGGUCCAACUACUCUUUUCCACGAAUUGAUUCAUCUGAUCUCAUACUGGACUGAAACUGCCGAUGGAGACUUCUCUUUCAACUCAGACGAGUAUGUCACGGAUUAUACUUGUAAGUCUUCUGAAAUCCUUAUGAUCAACUUUUUUCUCGGUUCUGACACAAAACUCGUUGCAGAUGACGUGGAUCAAUGUCUUUGGAUGGCCUUCGGACAGGCCACUGUUGAGGUUCCGCAGGAAGAUGGAUCGACAGUUGAAAAAACGUUCACCGCAUCAGAUACGGUUCGCAAUGCCGAAUCAUACACAUUUUUUGCUUUGGCAUAUUGGUAUUAUCUUGAAACAGGUGAAACAUUCUAUACAGGGCUUCUGUCGGCUUGGGAUACGCCGUUCAAUGGAGGAGACGCUGAUGGAUCUGAUGUUGGGUCAGAUACUGGUUCGGCCAAAAGAUCAACUAAACCCCUCCGCUAUGGUCAAUGGAUAGGGCACUCUCACUCCAAGCGCCACUAG